AUGAUUAAGAAGACCCGAACAACCAUAUUUCCCGUACGGAGAGACCAUAUCGUCGAAAUAGCUAGAGGUUGAUUUACUAUUAAUACAUUGUGAGUUUCCACUAGAACUCAAGCGUGGACUUGAACCAUUCUUUGGCUUUGUUGACGCAAAGGUUGUCGAAUGUCCUAAUUUAACCAGAAAACCUUUUAAUUUACCAAGAUCAGGUGGGUUUAAUUUAUAACUGUCAAAUAUUUAAACAAAUAUUUGUUCAAAGUAUUUACCUGCACUUUGUUCAACUUCAGGAAUAAGUGGUGAGAAUUCAAUCGCUUGUGUUGGCAGCCACGAUUAUAUACUACCCAGUAUCAGCUGUCAAAAGGUAAUUUAUGUUCACCGAUUAUCUUCAAGCAAUAUGAUUUAAUGGACGUUGCCAAGGCCUGUAAGGUUCGGGCAGGAGAAAUCCUUGGCGGUGGAACUGGGCCAUACCCGACAAAUGGACAUCCCUGCGAGGUAGUGCCGCAGUUCGUUUGUUGGUUUUUUAACGUUUUGUAUGAAUUUAAUCAAAUUUAUACACAGCAUACAUGCAUACAAAUGUCACCGCGGAAGCAUCGGAGUCCGCAAUGAGGAAUCGAGAAUUUAUGAGCAACGUGCUGUGUAUAAAUUUGGUUACAUUUAUACAUGAUCUUUAUAAGCUUAUAAGCUCAUGUAAAAUAAUUAGGCCUUCCUACCCGAUACAGGACAGGUUAAGGCUAUAUAAACUAGAAUUUUAUUUUGAAAGACCAUAACUUUCGAGCUUUCGCGUCUGGCAAGUAUUCUAAAGUUAAAUGCUUCGUGCAUGAGUGAGGAUCUCUACUGUCCUCAGAAAAUAAGCACAUGAUCCAAUCCAUCAUUACCUAAGAGAAAAAACAAGCAUUUGAAAUAUAGUGGUUCAUUUCGCCGUCUUUAUAUCACUGAUACUUAAAUGACGACUGUUUUACCAUUUUUAUAGUCCGGACAAUGAAAACGGUGCGAAUUCUUAGGAUUUUCGAAUAAUCGGUUUAAAUAUACACUUUGAAUUUUUAAAAUAUAUCUCGCGCUACGCUUCGCAUUUUUCCGUUAACUUGAGAUAUCUAAAUUAUUUAGUGUAGCGUUUUUGGGCGUCAAGUGGUGGUUUAUACUUAUGAGAGCUUAGGAAUUGCUCUAUCAUAACAUAUCUCUGAAACUUCAGCUCGGUGGUUUUCGGUAAACGAUGAAAGCUCGCAUUUCCAAGGCUUUUAAUAAUAAUGCGCGAAUUCCUCUUAGUACUAAUCUUCUAUUUCGAGCGCUUGUUGUAAGCUUAUGUGUAUCGAGUAGAGGACCAAGUUACCCUUCUGCUAUGCAAAUGUCAACACACUACUUCGUCUUCAUUAGGCAAUUCGCGAUAUUUCUCGUAAAAACCAAGGCAGACAAGCCACAGUUUCUUGAGUGUUUUGCGCAGAAAAAGCCCAGUUCCCUUUGUUGCUAUCUUCAAUUAUAGGGACAGUGACUAUCUAGAUGGCGUUUAAUCGUUCACCCUUCCGAUCAUUAUCUGAUGCAAAUGUCCUUUGUCAAUAUUAAUUACUUUAAAUUGGCGUUUCUAUCACUGGGCUUGCGUCGUAAUCCAGACUUAUAGCUGCUAAGCAAACGCUCCAACUAUUGACUGCCUGAUUCGCAGAUCGUUGUCGAGAAUGAUGCCCAUUACAGACUGUUCAUUCUUUAAUUUCCGUUGGAUGCAUUUUUGUAGUUUUGGCCAGAGCACUGGUAUUCGCUAUAUCGGACAUCCCAAUAAAAAAACCAAAGUAAACUAAAAAACGUCUAGAUACUUCAUAUCACGUUGAUUUAAUUAAUAUACUCAAAUAGUCAACACUGACUACCGAUUUUCCUAGCCGCAUUAAUUUUGGAUCUUUUGCUUGUGAUAACUUAAGGCAAUUGACAUUAAAAACCAAUCUGACGGAGGCUUCUUAAACCGCAAAAACCUGAAUAAGCUCGUCGGCUUUUGCGUAAUAACCUUAUUGGUUUUUAAAAGGAUCAGUUGAAAAUCACUACAUUUUGGACGCCAUGCUUCUUAGUGAAAGUGAUGCCAACUAUAUUCGCUAAGAAAAGUGAAGCUUAUGAAAGUACGCGUGCACUUCAGACGCAUCGAUUAUACUUUUUUCUCCAUAGUGUCGUCGUAUUACUUUUCGUGACAGCUAUGACAGCAUUUCGUCAAAAGACACAAACAGAAGCUGUAGAACUCAGUUUUCCUUACUGACCACUAUCCCACGUUAAAACAUUUAUUGGUUAAACCACCUAUCUUAUACCCAGAUCGUAGACCUCUCUACACUCUUUUAAUAUGGAAGUGCGCAGAACGCACUGCACUGUGUUUUUAGAUUGGUUACUUUACCUGACAUGGCAGGAUCAAAACUUACGGGAAACUUUUGCAGGCGUUAAAAACAUUGCGACUAUACUCGGCGUAGUUUGCCCAAAAUGGUAGUCCAAUGACAAAAACUUGGAUCUGUAGAGAAAUUGUUGUCGCCUUCAUUAGUUUUUUUUGACAGAGUUUGCGUCCCUUUGCCCUCCACCAUUACAUGAUUUCUCUUUUUGGUUCGAUGUUCUAAUUAUCUCGACCGAUGAUUUAAACCCUUUCCCAUUGUCAUGUCCCCAAUGCAGACUCUAUUUAAUUUAAUUACUUACUUUAAGAUGGUCUAAAAUCUACAGCAAUGGGUUUUUUAGAUGGUGGCCGAAUUGUGUUACUGCAACGAUUCCAUUUCUUGUAAUCGAACGCUGCACGCAUAUAGUGAAAAAAAUGUAAGUUCAUAUUUUGAUCUUUAGAGACUUUUGUUUAUAAUGUAAUUGGGGUGGUGUCGAUGCCUUUGAAUUUUAGUUCGUUUCUUUAAAAUAUCUAACUUGAACGAAAGGAGUAAGGCACAUUAAUAGGAAAAAUCCUCCAAUUUACACACCGGAAAACUUCAACUGUUACUGACUUACGAAUGAUGACCACGUCGUUUUGCAUAAGACGCAUUAAACAGGUUAAAUAGUUUUAUCUUCUAUAAUUAUUCUUGUGAAUAAUUAACCGAAAGUCAAAAAUAACGCCCUAUUUUCCCAAUUAAAGGCAGUAUACAUUUCGGCUUUCGGUGCAGGUCGUAUAUGUUCAAAAACAGGUUCUUUUGAACUUAGCCGAGUCUGUAAUAUCGAUUCCCGGAUUUUUUUCCGGUAUCAUACAAUCAUACCCAGGUAUGCUGAACCAAAAUAUGAUGCAAUUUUGAAUAGUUUUUAUCGACAUCAGUGUCAGUAUUCGAUGGUUGACAGCAUGAUGAUAUAUGAUAGCCAUGGAGAUAUGCCCAAAGCAAUAUAAACGUCUUAAUUUCGUUCCGUAAUUUGACAACACCUGUGAACGUCACUCCUGUUAUAUUUUUGGGCUUACUGGAAAUGCUCCACGCUGGAUAUAUUUUAGUCGGAACGCUCCUGAUUUUGUAAACUUUCUCUGUCUAGCACAUUACAGUCAAAGUCAGUCGAUUAAGGUUUAAAACUCUCACUGGCUAAUCUUGACCGUCGCAGUCAGCCCUCAAGCUUUUUUGUACGUAAAAGUCCUCGUUUGUGCUUUGCAUAAAAUGUGACCGUCUUACGUCGAAAAAUAUUCGAUUUUUCCUUUGUCGGUUACUAAAAAUAUUUAAAUCUACUUUAAGAACUCGGACUCGUCGCCGUUUUCAGGCUUGACUAUCGGUCAAUAAUAUUGUGGUAAUUAUUCGAGCACACUGCAGCUGUCUUUGUUGCAGUAGAUUUGUAAUCUUCAUCGGCCAAACUGAAAAAUCCGAUAAUUGUUAUACUACAUCAUUAUAGGUCCUACGUUUGUUCAUGUUACAUGAAGCUCAGACGCUUUUUCUUGUAACACUUCGCAGCAGAUGUUUUACCUGCUAUUUUGCCCUACCGGCGUCUAUUCAAGCAGUCAUUUGAUGGUCCUAUUUAUAGGGCAGUGCUACGAACCUUAUAAAGGCGACGGAUACGAAGUUUCACUCAAGUGCUCAACUUUUCGUCACCGAAGGAAAUGAGGGCUGGGUUCGUUGAUCGUAAUUAUUUGUUAUACCAAAUAAUCACUCCUUGAUGCCUUUCUUGUCAGCAGUGUUACUAAACUAUAUUUCGGCAUAUACCCUGUAUUCAUUUCAUUAGCCCUACCUUAAAACUCGAAGACUGCUAUUCCGAUCCAAAUGCUCUUUGUGCUUAUCCCCCACUAGCGGAUCCACUCCAAUAUUUCAAACACAAUAAGUUUUGCUUGUGUUUGCUUUGUUUGAGUUACAUAAGAACGAUCGGUGACCGCCCCUACCAUUGUAUAUUCCCGAUCGAAAACCGACAGGGCAACGGGCUCGUGGCUCAGUAGUUAGAGGCGUGGACUUCUAACAAACAAGUCGCGAGUUCGAGCCUCGGGUGUGCCACACUUGGAGGUUGGGUAUGACUGGCUGACGACGGCUAAUAAGCCAGAAAUGGCCAUUCCAGUCUCCCUUGUCCGAGGCUGCUAUAACACGGGACAGAGGGUUUUGUCUAAGAAGAGAUCGAAUCAACCUAAACAUUUGACAUUAAAUAUAGGUAUCUUUUAUCACAAUUGGUGCCCACUGAGAGGCUUUAGAUAGUACAACACCCGUAAAUUCCCCUGCUGUAGUUUCCACCGCGUUAGAGAGUUACAUAUUUUAAAAAAGUGAGAUGCACAACCUUACGACGAUCGAUAGCCAACGAAGCGUUGGAGCGCAUAUAAACUCAAUCGUUUGCCCGACAUCAUUCGGAGGACAUGAUGAGGAAACUGUCUGAAUCAGAAAGACGCACCUUCUAGCACCAUCCUCCUCCUCCUCUAUUGACGCAGCAAGGUCUUUCUUAUUCCUAAAAAUAGCUGGUCGAGUUAAGUCAAAAUAUGAACCAAGGUCCGUUACGCGUAUUCUCCAAAAGAUUAAGUGCAAGUCCAACUGGCUAGUCCACUGCCUUCUGGUACUGCCUGCAGCUUGGUCGUUUAUAACGAUUAUAUCCCACUAGAGGCCUAUCCUAUUACGUCCGAGAUGACAUUUUCACUCUAAUAGUGAAUAUACUGGGAUGCUCGCGGUCUUCUAGACUGGGGACUACAAAUGCGGACUUGUUGACGUAUCUCAUUGUUUUGGCUAAUUUUUGCGAUGAUAUUUAGUCCGGGAGAAAGUAAAGAUGAAGAAGACCAAUGACAUCACCGAUUAGGGUUGCUGACUGGACAUGCCAAACUCUUGGCAAGGAAUAUCUAGUACUGAGGCCAAGUGGUGGGAAAAAUGUGCCAGAGGAAUGCGUUUCUGUUUCUUUGCUCUAAGGUGAUGCAUGGGGAUGCAGGUGGAAACUUGUGGUGCUCUGUUUGGGCCAGGGUAGCUGAAGGCUUUAACUUGACAACAUCAGUGAGCAUAGGAUUGCCUUGGCUAACCCUGUGACUACCAGCACUAUCACUGCACGUAUCUGUUGGUAUUUCCGCCUGAUCUUCUGAGCUGCUUACUCAACUCUCCUUCAGUACAUGCUGGGUGAAAGCUAUUCUAGUAUUCGAAAGUCUCCUGCUGAUUGCCUUCAAUAGCAGCGCUAAACACCAUUUAUGACUAAGAUCGGGCUCACUAAUUAGGUUAUGAUCGAUCAAGAUGGUCAAAACAUAGGCAAAACCGACAAGCCGGUUUUUGUUAAUAAAAACAGUUUGUUGAAUGCACUGACUAGGAAAUCGGCAAAGAAAAAUGCAAUUCAUAUUGACCCAACUGUGAAAAACUCGGCGCCUCGGUGGAAUUCGAACCCACGCAGUAAGGGGGAAGGCUUUAGUACAGCCAACGCUCUAACCACCUGAGCUACGAGGCCCCGCCGGACGACGCGAGUUUUAUCACACUUGGGUCAAGUUACCCGCCCAACCUACUGCAACGUCUGGAAUCCACCAAAUCUGAUACAGUAAGUUGACUGCCCAAGCAGGAUUUCCUAAGUAAUUCACCUAGAAUCCACCAGAUGACUACUAGGCUCACGUAAUUCAUUGAUAUUUUUGGCAGUUGGGUCAAUAUGAAUUAUUCAAAAUCUGCCAAAAAUAUCAAUGAAAAAUGCAAUUCUCAAGACUAUUAGUCGUUCUGUUGGCAUGCAUGACGUCUGUGGACUUGUUCUUUGAUAAACUGGCCAACUAGUUUUUUGGCCGUGUAUAUGAAGCACCGUUGAGCCUUCCUUCUUUUGCAUGGCCUUCUCCCUCCGCUUCCUCCUAUCUUACUUCGUAUUUGUCUCUCACGGCAUUUUCUCAGCAAAUAUUGUGGUGGUACAAAAAACAUAGGCAAGCGCGGACUUGUUUUAUGCAUCAGAAGCAUGUGAAACUCGUCUAAUAUUCCUCUCUGUUUACACAUGACCUAUCUUAACGGGUUAAAUCAUAAGUUCUCGGUUAGCCCUUUUGAUAACUCAAAAUGAAUGUGAGAUCGCUUCAACCUUCGGUCUCAAAUGUCCCUGGGUGAAAAUCACGUCACAGUGCCUCUAACAAAAGCUUGAACUGUUUGCCGUUGGAUUCAUCAAGCGCGAGUAUAUUACCCUUAUUCUUCUGAAGUUUCAAAAGAUCACGAUAUACUUCAAAGGUUCUUGUUCAAAUGACACUGCUUCACAUUGAUUACUAUGCAAAGCUUUAUUUCCUGCUCAUUACUUCUAUUAAGUACUGAAGUCGAACACCUAAGGUGUUUUCGGAAAAUCACAGCAAAGCAGUCCCAUAGAAUCAAGAUAAGCUUUAUGACGAGACCAAAACUCUUUCUGUGCUAUUACGUCGUGAAUAAACUCGGAUAAAAAUAGAACGUUGGAUCGGAUGUGGUUAUGUAACCCAGCCUGAAGGAAACAAAUCACGGACACUUCUAAUACGGGGUCGGUGGUAAUAGGGGUUCUUACAGGUAGGGCCGGGGAACGCAUAGGCGACAAGACAAAGUAGUUGUAUGCAAAAGAAAAGCCAUUGAGAAUGCGCGGUUAUACUUUGAAUGUUUGAGAAAUAAUUUCCCUAAUCCUAACCCCAACUAUAACCCCUAGUCCUAAAGCCUAACCCCUAACCCUUAACCACAACCCUAACAAUAUGGUGUCCAUCGGGUGGGGCUACCAAACCAUAUCUUGCCGAAUGUUAUCUCUGCCUGCAUUUAAGUAACAGUCUUAAAUUUUCCUUGUGUAUGUGUCAACUUAUUUUUUCAGGUUAUCGAGGUCAUAGCUAAGCGCAGACUGUGUGAUGGCUCAAUCGGCAAAUUCCUUCACGAAGCACUCCAGUCACGCUAUGGUCGUGGAGAGGAACCGAUGGCGCUCGGUGGAGUCUUCCUUUUGGAAAAUAGUGGUGCCAAGUAUCAUGUAUUUGUACGUGCAUUCCCAAUCCUAGUUAAGACAUUUAAAACGUUGUAUAUUCUUGUCGAUAGUCAGAUGUUUAACUGGCUUUGAGGGUGUGUACUGUUACGUUGGUGACUUGGGUAGUUCUUUUAUGGGAAUCGGAAGUUCGUGGUACCAGCCACUGAUGGACAUGAAAUAGAAUCGAGUACUAUUUGCUGAUCUCCACAGUACUCUGACCAGAAUUAAACAGUCGACUGUGCAAAUACUGAACAUCCCGUGCCAUUCGGGACGUCGUGGUUGUCUUAAAUUUGAUCGUCCGAAAUGUCUUAUGAAAGUGCCUCCGCCAGAGCUGGGUUUCCGACGUUGUCUGAAACUCUGACUGCCUUCCAACCUCAGUUGGCGCAAACGCCCUUUGACUGCACAUAUUUCUGGUGCUCACCAGCGUGGCUUUGCGCAGCUCGCAUAAGAUGGUGACAGAGCCAAGUCUAGAACUCGAGUUUAGCGACAUGAAGAUCGUCUAUAAUGGCAGCAUCCCAUCAGCUAUAUGAUGCACGUAAUCGGUGUUAAGCUAUAAUUCCGUCUAAGCAGUCCCAUUUUCCGCUGACAUCCUUCUGCAGAGAAUCAGGCCUAGUCCAUGUUUCUUAAAAUGAACUCGUUUUUAGUUAAAGCUGUCUCGACUUACCAGCGUAUUUCUCUUUCCUCUAGUCUGAGCUGCCACAUGAACCUUAUCACACGUUCCCCGAACUUAAGUCCUACUUGAAGUACUUCGAAAUGAAAGCACCCAUCAUUGGUAUGGGCACGGUGCUUUCGCAUGAUCCGGUGAGGCUACUUUCCCAUUUUGUGCUUGCUUCCUUUUGUACUGUUCUAAGAUUUUUGUUAAUCCUAUAGCUCAUGAAGAAAUAAAAAAAGGAAUAUAACCCCAACGAAAAUUCUUGAGCAACCGAAAUCACACCCACGCCACUGCCUCCGGAGUAGUCUAGACGGUGAAAGUUAGGAGCCUGGACUAGGUAAUCGGAUACGGACUCUGGACACUACCUUACGGAAUAGAUGCGCGCACCCAGUCUAAUCAUGCCCAAUCUACAGGUUGAAUGUGCACAGUCUGUCUGAAAACCAGGCCUCAGCACCAAACUGGCAGGAAAUCAAUGUCCCGGAUAUCAGUCCUCGCCUUUUCCUGUAACUGAAUUUUACCACGCUUUUCAUCCAGGCGCAGCGAGCCUACUUGGUACCAGCAUGGGGACAGUUACCGAUAAGCUUGAUAUAAUCGGCCAAAAGGAUGUCUUGAAAACGUCUCUGAUGCUUCUGUCUUCGCCCGCGUUUGCUGCCCAUCUAUACCUUUACACUCCCAAACGCAAGAUCCAGCAAAGUAGAACUCUCGCUUUGGCCAGCUGACUGUUGGCGAGAACUAAAAUGGUCGGAAUGUUUCUGGUCGUUUGUGAAAAAUACACGCUUAUGUUAAACAGAAAACGAGUCUUACUAAAAGUCCCGUCCACUUGUGGCGACUGGCACGUGAACUUGUUUAGUCAGUUCCGCCAACCGGCAGCGGUCAAAGCCGCGUGAUAGUCGAUCAUGUUUGAACGUAAGCUCUUUUCCUUAACGCACCACAGCAGGUGACAUUUUCGUGACACAUCGUUCUUAGUGCUCCCAAGUAAUGUUAUAUAGCGUCUAUAAAAAGAGUUCUUGAUGCAAAAUUGAUCUGUCAAAAUUCCAUGCCGAGCAGUACGCGGUCCCACGCUCAACAACGUGCACUUUUAUUGACUUCUAGCCAGGAGGACUUCAAGGAAGUUCGGCACACAUAUAGUGCGAGUAACCAUCGCCCGUGCGAUAGUUCCUAUCCAUGACCCAACACUGAAGUGUGACCACGAUAACUAGGUUUUUUCAGCUGUGAAAGGCCAAACAGAACGGAAAGCUUCCGCCGUUUCUCAGUACUCUUAUAUCUAUCGCCUAAUUUUAACUGAUUGUUUUUUCUUUCAUUAAGAACGAUCUGGGCCUGCACAUGCACUCGUUCCACAUCUACAACGUGGAGCGGAACGUGGCCGGCCACCUCGAAACAGAUACGGACCCUGAGGUGGCGUCUUACAGGAUAUUUUUGCACCCGGUGUCGCAUAUCUGUCGAAUUGACAAGCCCGUAUACUGA